GGUUUUGCAUUGUGUAAUUUCUUAUUGUCAAGUCAACUCAGUGAGUCGGUGCUGGUGACUGAACACUGAUCAGGUUUUUCUGAUUUUUGAAGACCAAAAAAGAAAGAAAGAAGGAGAAAACCAGUCAUAUAUAAGCUUAGCCAAAGCAAAAUUUGCAAACCAAUGCUUUGGACAAAUAAACCACGGUUUUCUCGGGCUGGGUGGGUUUGACUGCCACUAGUCGAAAACCAAAGCCAAUCUCGGAAACAGCCCCUCAGCUUAGACCACCCACUUCCAAUGACAGUAGCAGUCUACUAAUCCUCUCUCUAUUGUAACGGCUGCUGCUAUCUCCAACUACAAACAUACGCAUAAAGAGAUAGAAAAAGAGAUUGAAAGUUAAGUUUCAUUCGUGUGGGGUUUGUCUUUUUGGGUUUUUAUUUUUUAUUUUUUAAACAAUUGUUUUUAUGAUGGCUGAGACUGAUCAGGGUUUUGAGGGGGACCAGGGGACUGCAACAACUACUAGUUUUUCUCAGUUGUUGUUUGGUGGUGAUGAUGAUGUUGUGAGUCUUGAUCUGGGUCAGAGUUUUAACUACACUUACUCUUCUUUUCCUGCUCAUCAGAAGACUCCCAAAAUGCUUUGCUUUGGGGGCCAACAAACUGAUGCUGAAAUAGUGUUUGGUGAACCUCUUGCUAGUACUACAAAAACUGCCACAACUCCCCAGAGGUCCGGCGUCACAUGCAGUGAUUCUUCCUCAGCUUCUUCUGGUAACAACAGCAAAUCUGUCAAGGCCCCCUCCAAAUCUACUAGAAAGAGGAAUAGAGGUCGAGAAUCGGUGGAGUGCACGGGUGCCAUUGUUACAGCUCAGCCGGUAAACCAAAGAACCGAUAAAAAGUCCAAGGUCGAGAACCCCGCCACUUCAACCGGUCAUGCAAAGGCGAGGAAAGAGAAGGUAGGGGAUAGAAUCACUGCAUUGCAGCAGCUGGUUUCACCAUUCGGCAAGACAGAUACGGCAUCGGUACUCCAUGAAGCGAUGGGUUAUAUCAAGUUCCUGCACGACCAGGUCCAAGUCCUGUGCUCUCCUUAUCUGCAACACCUACCUGACGGUGGGGAAAACGGAGGUGAAGAUUCACGAAAGGACCUGAAGAGCAGGGGGCUGUGCCUGGUCCCAGUUGCUUGCACGGUGCACGUGGCAAAUAGCAACGGUGCUGAUUUCUGGUCGCCAGCAAUGGGGAACAAUGUAACAAAGCAGUGAAUCGUUUCUAGAUUCCAAAUAUACUUUUAUACAUGGUUGCUUUGUAGUUGCCCUCUCAUAUUGGUGUCUGUCUGUCUGAAGGGAUUCUGACAGCUCAUCUUGAACGAGGAUCAAAGGGGUAAAAAGUGUUACAAAAACCAGGAACCUGGGAAAGUUAACUCCUGAUUCAAAGACAUUCAUGGAUAUUUUAUAUAUUAAUAUUAUUAUAUAUAUUAAAAAGUGCUUUCUUUUUCUCCUAUUUUUGUUUCAUAGAAUUGACUGAACGAACAGAGGGAACAAUGAAAAGGGUAAGGCAGAAGGGCCAAAGCAAAGUGUAUUUCUUUUCGUUGUUUGGUUUUUGGUAGCAGCACGUGGGUCCUUACUUUUUUCGGCUUAGGUUGGCUUUGGUAUGGGUUACACUUGUAAAUCUCCAACGCUUAAUCAAUUACCAAUGCAAUUUUGA